GGGGAUUGAAGUAGCUUACUAUUCCAUUUUGAUUAGUAAAGAGAAUUUAUAGUACAUCUAAUUCCAUUGACCCCAAACAAACGCUCAAUCCCCUUUUCAUAAUAAAGAGAAAAAGAAAUAUUCUCUCGUCAUCUUCACCAGACCAGUCUCGAAGACUCGAUCAUGUCAUAUCUCCCUUCCAUCUGAUAAGAGGAAAGGCGACAGAAGCCUAAAACCGAAGCCACAAGAUCCGCAACAUUCUGUUCCAUUCUAGUAGUAGGCUUUUCCUUGUUUUAUAUCGAUGCGUAAACCGAGGAACACAAACACGCCUCGCUUCCCCCGCCGUUUCCGCGACCGCGGCGUUGACUCGCUCCGCCCCAUCUCCACUGCCAGACCGGCCCCUCCCGCCCCGUCCCGCGCGUCAGUGACGGUAGCGCGGCGAGCCCAAUAGGAGAGAAAAGCGCGCCAGCGGCAGUGUCCCUUCCGGCUCCGGCUGAGACUGCGGCGCGGGCGGUGCGGCUGGACCAGUUAGGAUUCGGACUCGGUCCGCGCUGCGGCCUGUGUCACCUGUGUCCGGGCGGCUCGCAGUCUGGUUGGGCUCGGAUGGUCGGUGCCGGACGCCGGGCGCGGAACCCUAACCCUAGGGGCCGGCUACAUUAGAUGCUGGGGGGCGGCGCCGGAGGCGGUGGCGCGGGCGCGGGCUUGGGACUGGACCUUUCGGCGGUGAUCCAAGCGGCGGUCGUCGGGCUCGUGCUCUUCUCCGCGGCCGUCGUUGCCGUGCGCCGCGCCGCCUCGCGCUACUUCGUCGUCGACGCCGCGGGGUUCGCCGCCUCCUACGACGAUCACCACCACAGCUCGCCCGCCUCCCCGAUGUCGUCCAAGGGGAACCGGCCGGAGCAGGGGGGCGCCGCAGCGGACCUCACGGGGCCCUGCGCCGCGUGCGGUGUCGUCACCUCCAAGAAGUGCUCCGGGUGCAAGCGCGUGCGGUACUGUUCCCAAGAAUGCCAGACAAAGCAUUGGCAAAUUGAUCACAAAUUCAAGUGCAAACAAAUGAAAUCAUUGGAUCUUGCCGACAAGUUAUCCUGUGGAGGUGAGGCCAACAGUAAGAAAACAUCAGGUUUCGGUCGCAUCUCAUUGGUGCCUGCCUGUAAAAAGAUAAGCAAGGGUCAGGUCCUCUUUCCUUAUGAUGAGUUCUUAAAGUUGUACAACUGGAAAGACCUUGAUGUUGUACCUUGUGGGCUUAUGAACUGUGGCAACAGUUGCUUUGCUAAUGUGGUUUUACAAUGUCUCUCAUGCACGAGACCACUUGUGGCCUAUCUGUUAGGAAAGGACCAUAGCAGGGAAUGUUCUGUGAGGCAUGAAGAUUGGUGUUUUUUGUGUGAGCUACAAUGUCAUAUUCAGAGAGCUAGUGGAAGUUUGCACCCAUUUGCUCCUACAAACAUUCUUUCUCAUCUGCCAAAUAUUGGUGGCAAUCUUGGCGUUGGUAGGCAAGAGGAUGCUCAUGAAUUCAUGAGGUUUGCAAUUGAUAAGAUGCAAUCUGCUUGCCUUGAUGAAUAUGGAGGUGAGAAGGCUGUAGAUCUUAGCAUCCAAGAGACAACCAUUAUUCAGCACAUAUUUGGUGGGCGGCUGCAAUCACAGGUUCAAUGCACCACAUGUGGAAUGGUCUCAAACCGCUAUGAUAAUAUGAUGGAUUUGACUGUUGAAAUUCAAGGUGAUGCUGAAUCAUUGGAACGGUGCUUGGAUCAGUUCACUGCUGUUGAGUGGCUUGAUGGGGAUAAUAAGUACAAAUGCGAUGGAUGCAACGACUAUGUGAAAGCACGGAAGCACCUUUCAGUUCAGCAAGCUCCAAAUAUACUUACUAUCACUCUCAAAAGAUUCCAGACUGGUAGAUUUGGGAAACUAAAUAAGAGAGUUACAUUCCCUAUGGAGUUAGAUCUGACACCAUACAUGAGUUGCACUGAUGGAAGUGACCUGUAUGAUCUCUAUGCUGUAGUCGUUCAUCUGGAUAUGCUGAACGCAUCAUUCUUUGGACAUUAUAUAUGCUAUAUCAAAGGUUAUCAAGGAAGGUGGUAUAAAAUUGAUGACUGCAAGGUUAUGGUUGUUGAUGAGGAGGAAGUACAUGCUCAAGGCGCUUAUAUGCUUUUAUAUAGCAGGAGAACAGCUCGUCCUAGGUCACUUCUUACAGUUGAUGAGUCCGUGAAACAGCAACAACAGUGCAAAUCGCUCCUUUCCAAUGGGCAAAGCCACAUGAUACUAGCAGAUACAACAUUGAACUGUGAAUCAUCUUUGAAGAUUCCAGAAGAUAUGUUACAACAGGAUUGUGAAUCCAAUAAUGAAUCCUUGCAUGAAAUGGGUAUUAAGGACCAGGAGUCAGACAUGGAUCUACGUACAAGCAUUGAAGAUGACAAAUUCAUUAGCAAUGGAAAUCUACGUUUACCAGGUUCACUAGUAUCACAUGUUCUUGAAGAUACUAGAGCUCCAGAUUCUGUAUUAGAAGGCUCUGUGCAACUUGGCCCUCCUUUAGAAGGUGGUCCUACUACGAUGAGCUCUGUGCAGUUUGGCAACUGCACAAGUGAAGCAUCUUCGGAACAUUCCUUUGCAGAGCAAUGUGAGGUGCCUGCCUCAUGUAUUGAUUCAGUUGACUAUAUGGAUGUUGAUACUGAAGCUGGUGCAGAAGUUGAGAGAUGCGACGAACAAAGACCUGUCUUAAAUGAUUCAGUUGGAAGGCCGAAUAAUAACACAGCAACCCCAACUGCGAAUGGGGUGCCAGGAGAACCCAAACCAUCAUUUUCCUCUGGUUUUUUUGAUAAGCCCUCAAGAAAAAGAUCUUCCUUUACAGAAGAGGCUAGUGCCGGUUCUCCUCGAAAGUUAAAUGGCUAUUGCAAUGGACAUAUCAGCAGUCUAGAGCAAGAAGUUCUUUGCAACUCUGGAAGUGAAAAGUGCAAUGGAGAUGCACCCGUUACAUCCAGUAAUGGCAAAUUCUGUGCAGCUAAUGUUGAUAUGCAAUCUAUCGAUGAUUCGUUGCAUGAAGACAAGCGAGAUGUGCCUUCUGUUUCUCAUGGCUUUGAGCCAAGACCUUACAAGCUACAAUCAGACAGCAACAACAAUUGCGGUAGGACAUGCAAUGGGAAACCUAAAGCUUGCCAAGGGGACAUGUCAUUUUUACCUCGGGGCUUCCUUGGAAGGCCUAGUUCUAGAGGAAUUUCAGUCAAAGCAGAUGAUAGCUUGCCAUUUAGCACUGACGCAUCAUCAUCCUUUGGGAAUGGAAACAGUAAGUCAAGUAACAACUCAUCUUCUAUGGGUGGCUUGUCUCCUGGUUUCCUUACAAGACACCGCAGGGAAUCCACAGUCAUAGGCACAAGCUCUGACAUUCCAAUGGAUAAAAAAUCUAAUGGCGCCACAGUAGUGCCAGAUCAUGCAGAAAAAAAGGUUUCAGAUUGUACGACGAAUGGCUCUUCAUUCCAAAUAAGAGCAGCCUCCGACCACCUUGAUUGAAAUGGCCUUGCAAUUUUGACCACAAAAAACAACAGCUGUGGACAAGAAAAUGACAGUAAUGGAGCCCCAGGCAUGAGUUAUGAUGGGUCUGAACAUGAUGGACUGAGCCGACGAAUAACCUCAAUUUUUUUAGCUGGAUGGUAUUGAUGCCCAAUAAAAGCAUGACUGCAUUGUUAUAGAAUAGAGGCCAUUUCGAGCACACAAGUGAGAACUGAGAGCCUGUGUGAUCAUGUCAUGGCUGGUAUAUAAACUGAUGAAGGGCUGUGAGCUACGAAGUAAAUGCUAUGCAAUUAGGGCAAGCAUUGUUUGCUUGAUAGAAAUUUUUCCUCUUUCGCCACGUGGCUCCCUCAUAUCAGAUGGGUAGAGGGGUAUCUGGGUUUCCACACAAUUUGCAGAAACCCAGAUGCUCCCCUAAUGCCACGCUAUUUUGUUGGCAUUAGCGUUAGGUACAUAGCUGAGCGUAGGCCUACUACCGUCCCCUUAAUUCAUAGCUUAAAUAAACUGGAACUGCUGACUCCUCCGGUGUCCUGAAAGCUGAAUCAAUUGCAGAGUGAUAAGAGGAAAUUCUCAUGGCUUUCACCUUUAUAUUUUA